AUGACCAUGGACAAGGGGAAAAUAAAUUUCGACCGGUCCGUUUCCCAAAUGCUAACAUCUCCUCAGGUUUCUGGAAUUCAACCAGCCACGACUCAGUUCAAAGGUUUCCCUGAGGUUACUCAGUCUCAGGACCUAAGCAAGACCCUUUCACCAAUGGAAAAGCAAAAUAUAGUCCCGAUGGAGCAAACAGCCCCAGUGUACAGCAUCAAACUUAAGAGGACACCCAAGGCUCUUAUAACUCAUCGUACCGUCAAGGGACGCAGCGGAGUUGAAUUACUGAAGAAUUAUGCUGAUUGCGAAUACUAUGGAGAAAUUGGUAUUGGAACACCAGCUCAAACGUUCACAGUUAUUUUCGACAUUGGAUUAUCUAACCUAUGGAUACCAACCAUUUCCUGCGACUCAAACAGCUGCUCGAAUCACAAGAAAUACGAUAGCAGCGCCUCAGAAACCUAUGUCGCCCGCGGAGAAGGUAUAUGGAUAUCAUACGAAGGUCAAAGCAUGAAGGGCCACUUGUCGCAAGAUACUGUCAUUGUCGCAGAUUUGACUGUUACCAGCCAAAUAUUCGCUGAAGCUACCAGUCUAGGCCCCGCCUUCACCGACGCGUACUUCGAUGGUGUCCUCGAUUUGGCAUACAGGCCCAUUGCAGAACGUAAUGUAACGCCGGUUUUGUACAAUAUGCACAGCCAAGGUGUCAUCUCAUACCCAAUCUUCUCUUUCUAUUUGAACCGCAAUGCUAAUGACUCUAGGGACGGCGGUGAAAUUAUCUUUGGAGGAUCAGAUCCAAACAUCUACAUAGGCUCCUUAACCUACGUUCCUGUUAUUAGUCAAGGAUUUUGGCAGAUCCAAAUGGAUUCAGUUACCAUCGGUGGCUUUGCCUUCUGUAGUGAGGGUUGCCAAACUAUCCUUGACUCAGGAACUAGCGUAAUCAUUGGGGCUAUUGAUGCCAUUGCUCGCAUCCAUUCAAUUAUUGGUGCUGAACAAGAUGAUUUUGGCGAUUUCGUUGUUGCAUGCGAAUCGGUUUCAAGGUUUCCAAAAAUAAACUUCAACUUGGGUGGCAACAACUACCCAUUGACAGGUUCUGACUACAUCAUCCAACAUCCAAAUAUUGGUGACGAUGACCUUCCAUGGAUUUUGGGCGAUAUCUUCUUGGGAAAGUAUUACACUGAGUUCGAUAUGACUAACAACCGUGCUGGAUUCGCUAUAGUCCGUUAG